CAGCUGUCAGAACUGGAGAGGGGCCGGGCGCAGCGGCGAUGGAGGGUCAGUGCUGGCUGCCGCUGGAGGCCAAUCCCGAGGUCACCAACCAGUUUCUCAAACAAUUAGGUCUACAUCCUAACUGGCAGUUUGUUGAUGUAUAUGGAAUGGAUCCUGAACUCCUUAGCAUGGUACCAAGACCGGUGUGUGCAGUGUUACUUCUCUUCCCUAUUACAGAAAAGUAUGAAGUAUUCAGAACAGAGGAGGAGGAAAAAAUAAAAUCUCAGGGACAAGAUGUUACAUCAUCAGUAUAUUUCAUGAAGCAAACAAUCAGCAGUGCCUGUGGAACAAUUGGACUGAUCCAUGCUAUUGCCAACAAUAAAGACAAGAUGCACUUUGAAUCUGGAUCAACCUUGAAAAAAUUCCUCGAGGAGUCCGUGUCAAUGAGUCCUGAAGAACGAGCCAGAUACCUAGAGAACUAUGACGCUAUUCGAGUCACUCAUGAGACCAGUGCCCAUGAAGGUCAGACUGAGGCACCAAGUAUAGAUGAAAAAGUAGAUCUUCAUUUUAUUGCAUUAGUUCAUGUAGAUGGGCAUCUCUAUGAAUUAGAUGGACGGAAACCAUUUCCAAUUAACCAUGGGGAAACUAGUGAUGAAACUUUAUUAGAGGAUGCCAUAGAAGUUUGCAAGAAGUUUAUGGAACGUGACCCUGAUGAACUGAGAUUCAAUGCAAUUGCUCUAUCUGCAGCAUAGCUUGUCAGUGACGGAAACACCAAAUACUGUAUUAUUUGCAACAAAAACUAAAUUUCCGCUGCCACACACUAACUCAAAAAUUUUGAUAUUUUCAUUAACUUGACUGAUUAAACUUUAUGUGAAUUAAAAAAAA